AUGGUCAAGGCGAGGUCGUCGCUGGAGGGCUUCACUGUCUGUCACGGUAACGGCUCAAGGCUAAGAGGCAGCGGCAGCUACAGGAAACCCAGCCCUUCGAGUGAGCAAUGCGGUUUCUUACCGGAUGUGCCAGUGACGGCGCACGACGAAGUUUCGGUCGAACAAUCAUCGUGCAAGAGCAUUUGUGCGGAAGACCUCGUUAUAAGGACACGGAUGAUCAAAAAGUAA